AUGACUGAUAAGCCUAGUGCCGAUCUGGAUUCCGAUAUUAUCCUGCGCCCGACGCGAUUGUUCACUGAACUGGAUGCCUGCAUUGCCGAAGAUCGGGAAGCAGGCCAGUCACAUGUCGGUUCAUCAAUGUCGCCCAGCCCCAGCCGACAGGAGCUGGACCGCCAGAUCGAUGUAUCGCUCCGCCACGCCAUCCGGAGCUUCGCGGCGCGAUGGCUCCAUCUUGUGCCACAGGCGGAACCGUUUGUGCCGCCGCACCAAUGUAUUGUCCGGGAGCUCUGGCGAGCCUCUCGAAGGGAUAUGCUCAAGGUGAUCAACCGAGUGUCUUACCGGUCUGUCUUGACAUUGUUCCUCUUCGGACUCACUCCGAUUCCCGUGGGCGUGUCGGAAGAAGAAGAAAUGGACGGACUGACCGGCCAGAUCUGUGUGCAAACCGCCCUUCAGCAGGUGCAGAGACUGCGCGAGCGACAGCGGAACUACCAAUUCAACGGCAGCAAAGUGUCCCUAGGACCGGACGUGUCCAUGUCCAUGUCGUCGAGCCCGGCACCCACCCCCAGCUCGAACAUCACUAGCACUUUCCUCAGCGCCGAAAGCCGGGCUUACUGGGGAGCGUUGAUUUUCGACACGUCGGCCUCGUUGACCCUCAACUUCCGGUCGUCCCUCACCUCUGGCCUGCACGGCGUCGGGACCGAGUCGUCGUGGCAAGCGCUCAAGAUGGGCGCCGGCUCGUUCCACACGCGAACUGAGGAGUGGCGCCGAGGAAGCGUCGAGUUGACCGAGGACAUGGUGAAACAGGUCAUUGCCGCCGCCUCAGCCGGCAACUUGUAUCUGUUGAAGAUGAUUGCCGUGCUGAAAGAGGCACUGCGGGAAGGCUAUGAAGAGAAAAAGCUGGCGGGAGCCUGGACAUGUGCCCUCGAGGCCUUGGACAUGUUCAAAGUCACCUUCUUGCCACUCUUGCGUCUCUGUCAACGCCGUCUGCGCUUCCUCGGCCAGGUGGAACGACUCAACUGGUACGAGCUGAUGCUCCAUCAUUUUCUGGGCAUCUUGCUCUUGAUCGACGGCAUCGAGGCCGCCGACCGAUCCGACCUGUUGUCGCAACUGACCGAGACAAGAGCCGACGCCGAACGGGAAAUACUCAACACGCUGCAGUUUGGGUUGGACAGCACUUAUUUGGUGCAUGGAGUGCACCACACCAACACCGUGACCAACACCGUGACCAACACCAACACCAACACCAAUACCUCCACCAAUACCUCCACCAAUUCUCUGUUGGGCAACAAUCCUCUCUCGGGCAAUACCGACACCAAUCCUCUGUUGGGCAAUACCAACACCAAUCCUCUGUCGGGCGUACAGAGUACUAACACCAAUACCAACACCAACACCAAUCCUCUGUCGGGUGCACUGGGCAACUUUGCUCUCUCGAGAUCCUCAGUCCUGUCCGCUUCGUUUGUCGCCAUCGACCCGUUCCCGCAUCACGUGGUUGCCGCCGUUCAGCUCAUGCACAAGGUCGUCAGCAGAGAGUACGACCAGAGGCGAAUCACCCUGGACACGUGUCAGCGUCUCACCUCGACGCUGCUCCAAGCCUUGGAACAUGCGCCUCAGACCUCCAAGUCGGUCGAUGCCGCUCGACAAGAACUCUCCGGCGAGCUGGAGAUUCUGAUGUCAGGGAGACGCCGCUAG